CUCGCAUAAAUGACGUGCGGCGAGAAGGGAGAGGGAGAGCAAGCGCGCACUCAGGAGCCUCCUUUCUCUCUCAGUUACAACAAGCAGGGACAGGCUCUGAGCGCUCCGCAGCCGGUCGGUGUAUAUAAACAAAGGCACAUUGCGCCGGCUCGGGUUCCUCUCUCGGUCCCGGCUCUCGUACAGCAGCCACUAGCAGGAGGAGACGCGGCGGCUUUUGGCUCCCGGUGUUGCUCGUCUUCUUUUUCUUCUUCUCUCCAAUGCCUCAGGACAGCGCAUCCCUCAGGACUGGAGCUUCCCCGGAGCCUUGGGCUUUCUUCUCAGCUGCUGCACCUCAGGACAGCGCCCGCCAGCCGCCGUUUUGAGAGGAAUAAAGCGUUUGACAAACUACAUGUAAAGACGGAACCGCCACAGCAACCGAAGCCCAGGUCGGAAGAGCCCUCUCCCGUGAGCCCCAGCUCCACACCUGACCCUGCAGAGGACGGAUCACGGCUGUUUCCGUCACUUGCCCCUACAGCACCAGCAGCCUCCGCCGUCCAGCCAGCCGCCCCCACCAUUCAGCGAGCAAGUCACCAUCCAGAUAUGCCCUGCGUGCAAGCCCAGUACAGCCCUUCGCCCCCUGGCUCAAGUUAUGCAGCUCAGACCUUCACCUAUGGCUCAGAGUACAGUCCUGAGAUCAUGAAUCCUGACUACGCCAAGCUGACCAUGGAGCUGAGCAGUUCUGACAUCAGCGCCACUGCCACCACCUCUCUGCCCAGCUUCAGCACUUUUAUGGAGGGCUAUGCUGGGGGCUAUGAGCUCAAGCCCUCCUGCCUAUACCAAAUGCAGUCUGCCUCCUCUUCUUCCUCACCGUCCACCUCUGCAAGCCAGAGACCUCUCAUCAAGAUGGAAGACAAUCGGAUGCACAGUUACCACCCGUCACUGCCUCCUUCUGCAGAUGAAGGCAUGGCCAACACUUCCAUGUACUUCAAGCAAUCCCCACCCUCCACCCCCACCACACCUGGCUUUCAACCUCACCAGGCCCCCUGGGAUGAACCACACCCUCUUCCACCAGCACAAACAUGCAUGGCUCCCAGCCAUCUGAUGGACACUGCCCCCAUGAAAACUGUGCCUGGCCGCUUUCCUCUCUUCCAUUUCAAGCACUCGCCACCCCAUAUACCUGCUGCUGGUGCCCACGUGUGCUAUGAUACUACUGCCUUGAGCCUACCCAUUGGAUCAGAUAGACCUACUGCAAGCCAAGCUGCAAUGGAAAACCAUCCCUAUGGACUCCCGUUGUCCAAAAGAGCAGCCAGCUUAGCCUUCUCACCACUGGCCCUCAGUGCAGCCACUUCCAGUCUUCUGGGGGAGAGUAGUAGUAGCAGCAGUGGCCUCCCUUCUCCACCCAGCAGAAGUUCUUCAUCAGGAGAGGGCACUUGCGCUGUUUGUGGAGACAAUGCUGCCUGCCAGCACUAUGGGGUGCGGACAUGUGAAGGCUGCAAGGGCUUCUUCAAGAGGACAGUUCAGAAAAAUGCAAAAUAUGUUUGCCUGGCUAAUAAAAACUGCCCAGUGGAUAAGCGUCGUCGAAACAGAUGUCAAUACUGCCGAUUUCAGAAGUGUCUCAGCGUCGGCAUGGUAAAAGAAGUUGUUCGUACUGACAGUUUGAAAGGGAGAAGAGGUCGGUUGCCUUCCAAACCAAAGAGCCCUUUGCAGCAAGAACCUUCCCAGCCCUCUCCACCUUCUCCUCCAGUCAGUAUGAUGAAUGCUCUUAUGCGAGCUUUAUCAGAUUCUGCACCCAGAGAGCUUGAUUAUUCCAGAUACUGUUCCACGGAGCAGGCUUCUGCAGGUACAGAUGUUGAACAUGUGCAGCAGUUCUAUAAUCUUCUCACUGCCUCCAUUGACAUAUCCAGGAGCUGGGCAGAAAAAAUCCCAGGAUUUACAGAUCUCCCAAAGGAAGAUCAAACUCUACUUGUAGAAUCAGCCUUUUUGGAGCUUUUUGUACUAAGGCUGUCCAUCAGAUCUGACACUGCUGAAGAUAAAUUUGUUUUCUGCAAUGGACUUGUGCUUCAUAGACUUCAGUGCCUUCGUGGAUUUGGGGAGUGGCUCGAUUCGAUUAAAGACUUUUCCUUAAAUUUACAGAGCCUCAACCUUGACAUCCCAGCCUUAGCAUGCUUAUCAGCUCUAAGUAUGAUUACAGAACGACAUGGAUUAAAAGAACCAAAGAAAGUGCAUGAGCUAUGCAACAAGAUCAUGAGCAGCUUGAAAGAUCACUUAGCCUUCAGCUGCCAGAGCAAAGGGCAGCCUUUUGAACCCGCAGAGUCUAAGGUACUUGGUGUCCUUGCUGACUUGCGUUCCCUCUGCACACUAGGACUGCAGCGGAUCUUUUACCUGAAAUUGGAAGAUUUGGUGCCACCCCCUUCCAUUAUCGACAAAUUGUUUCUGGACACCUUACCGUUCUGAGGUUCAGAUUACCUUCAUGAAAGGCAACUGUCUACCAGAGCAGGCAAAAAGAUUGACAUUUACUGCUAACCAUGCUGCUCUCAUUUAAUGGCGCGGGGGGGGGGGGGGCAGUUCCAGCCCUACAUAGUGGGCUUUCCUAAUGCUUUUCCAUGCAAACUGAGGCCUAAACAUAACUUACAUUUAUGAAGAUGAGGAAUUGGAGGGGGAGGGACAAGUGCAGUUUUUUUGCUUUUUGAUUGCUAAUAUGGCACUUUUGAACAAGCUAUCCCAGCAGGAAAAAGAUGUUAAUAUGACUGUUAAAAAUCUAUUACAUAGCACCUCCUCUUUGGUGGCGAGUAGAAAAUUGUAACUGCUGUGUGUUUGAAAACAGGAACAACUACAAAUUAUUCACCUGGGUAGUACGUAUUUUAUAGUUUAUACCUUUAAAAUACUUCCCAUACCAAGGGCACAUUAUGCUAGCACAAAUUAAAAUGUUUUCUCCCCCACUUCCCCGCAACAAUGUUCAUUCACUCUUUUGUAUAAAUCAGAUAUAGCAAAAUGACAAUGGCUGUUAGUUCCCAUGCUCAAGUGCAAUUUUUAAAGUGCUGUCUUACUAAGUCUUGUUUAUUAACUAUAAUUUAUUUUAAUAUGAAAAUUAAAAUAAAAGAAAUAAAAGUAUGGGGGAACGGUUUUACAUGCACUACUAACUUCCAGAACAAAGUUUCUCAAACUUUGGAUUGAUGUAGCAUGACUUUCUGACAAGCAUACGUGGAAAGCAAGACACGGGGGCAAUUUGUGAUGGGAUCACAUGCUUAUUCCUUGGCCAAUUAAAUAGAAAACCAUGUGAAAUAACUGAAAGAGACAGGGUCAGUAUCAGGUGUAGUUAGGAUUAGACCUAAAUUAAGCAGAUUGGUUAGUGAAAAGACACAAGACAGUAUGGAAGAACAAGUCUUGUAAAAAUAGUCUGAAUAUAAAUGCUAGGAAUGGUUUAGUGGGCUACAUUUUAAACAUUCCGUGUAUGUAUUCCCUGUUUUGUAUGUUUCUACUGUUGAUGCCAUAUUAAUAUUAAAUGAUUUGUUGCAUAGCGUCUUUACUUGUAUAAAUAUUUGUAUGCAUGAUAUAUUGUAAAGCUUUGCCUGUAUUUAUUGCAAUGACUGCCAGCUCAUGGGAGCCGUGUUACACAGAGUGACUAAGUAGUGUGUUCACACUGACUCAGUUAUAUAAUGAGUGUGGGUGUGGGUGUGGGUAGUCUCACACACAUACACAUGUAUGUGUGCAUUUUUAUUAACCAGUUGUAUAUAAAAUCUGUCCUUUCACAAGCAAACCUUAUCUUACUGUUUAUUUGCAGUGACUUUUAAGGCAGUACGAUUUAGCACUUUGAUAUUAAAAAUCUUGCUCAUGUUUUGCUAACUUAAAUAAUAUUUAAAUAUUUUCGUUCUUAAAAAAAAUUUAUAUGCACUGUAUUAAGUCAAGAAUUCAUUGGUCAUUUUGCUAAGAAAAAAGAAAAUUUUUGAAUGUCAAUCUGAUGUCCCUGUUUUUUGUUAACUUUAAACAGUCUAUAGUAGUUUUGUCUUUUUUUAACUAUGCUGUUUAUAUGGAAAUUAAAUUAUACAAUCAAACAAAUGCCAAAUUAACUGCCUAAUAGCUGCAAAGCAUAGGCUAGAUAUCACGCUAUUAUCCGGUUUUCAAAAAGUUGCCUGGUAGUUUAUCAUUUAUGAUGUUUGGAUGUGUUUUGGGCAGGGGGAGAAAUUUAUUCUUCUAUCAAGAUUGGUAAUAGUGUCAAUAGGGAAACAGGCUUCUAAUAAUUAUACCUAAUAUUUUCAGUUUACCUGCAGAUAAUAUUUGAAAACGUAUUGCUUUUUUGUAUUGACUUUAUGUGCAAACAGAAUAGCUUAAUUAAAUAUCAGAGGAAACUGAUUUUUCUUGUAGGUUGAUGUUCACUUGCCUGAUCUGCAUGGCAAAUGUAUUUUGAUUUUAAUUUGAUUUUUUUGUACACAUUAUGUACAAAAUCACAAGAAUUUUAGAAGAUAUGCUAAUAUUUUUACCACACAUGCAGAAGAUACACUAAUUAUCCCAAUGGAAUUAGUAGGAACUGGAAUCAUUGGGUUCCAAUUUCACUUCAUUCUGUAAGGGCACAAUUUAGUGCCCUUUGCUACAAAUGAAUGGAGUAAGGAAUGGCAGCAACACUCUGCCACUGUAGCUCAUUGCACCAUACAUCUUAUUGAGGUGUCCAUCUUUAGCUAUCUAGAUCAGGCACCAGGAAAGGGGAGGGAGCCAAUGGCGCGGUGUCCUCCCAUUCAUGCCCUCUUGGUCGUCCACUCCAAGGCCAAGUUGCAUUCUUGAACAAGCAGCUGGCACAGUUCUUUCUGCACCAAGUGUGAGAUAAGAGGGUCAGGGACUCAGAUUCCCAUGAUUAAGAUUUCAGAACCCUGGAGCUGGGGCUCUGAAUAAUCCUAUGUCCCUCCCAGAUAACGUCGGAGGCCAUAGGAUUGUUCCUUUAGAAUGCUAUCUUGCAAUGGGAACAAAUCCUGCAAGAUACACAACCUCUCAUCUCUUUCUCAGUUCUCAUGAAAGGAAAUGGAAGAUGAAAGUUCAUAACUCUUCAUGGAGUUGGGUUCUCAAACCAAAAUCUGUGUUCCAUAAAACCAUUUUUCUUUGUUUUCUUGAGCAAAAGCAUUUGGUUGGUUUUGAUAGAAUAAGUGUUUGCAGUUGAAAGAUUUCAGAACCUUAUGUUAGACUUAAUGGAAUCAUUUUGCUUCAGUCUUCCAUAGAUUUUCUUUUGGAUGGGAUUUUAAAUCUGUUUUUAAAUGUAUAAAAAUAUUCAUGCAGUCUGAUCCUUGGGAAACCUCAAAAGCAAAAGUAGGGUGGAGCAUAGACAUUUAAGGCUGAUGAAUCUGCUCCUUUUCUGGUGAAAAUACCUUGUUUCAUAGGCUAAAAUCAGGAAUAUUACAGCUGUUAAAGGAGAGUGCCUUGCUUUACACAACAAUGUACUUCAGAAUUUCCUCUGCUCCUCUAACAGCAGUGUGUGCAUGUGUGUGUAUGUGUAUGUGCGUGCGCGUGCGCGUGCGCAUGAGGGGGGACAGAGAGAAUGUGUAUUAACAUGUGAGGUUGAAAGAAAUGCUCUUGUACAUAUCCAAUGUAAAUUAAAAUGAUUAAAUUGAAUAACAUUUGUCCCAGAGGACGUGUGUGUUGAAUAAGUAUGCUUAAUUCUGUUAAUGUCUGAUGUGAAUUUUUUAUCUCUUAGAAAACAUUAAAAAUGUAUCUGCUUCAAGUA